AUGAGCUCCCUCCCGCAGCUCCCUGUCCCUCCAGCUGAGGUCAAGUACGAAGUAAGCGAUGAGAAGAAGAGAGCGAGCUCGGACAUUACUUCCUUGUCGUUGUCGGAGCAGCCGCUUCCUCUCGGAGCGCCUAUCGAACAGCGGAAGCGGUUCUUCUGGCAGCGGUUCAGACGGGUAUCCAGUGAUUUGGAUGCUAUCGCAACCCAACCAUCAGUAUUCGAUGAUCCUACCGGUCUGGAGUCCUACAGACCUCCUCCGCAAUACGAGAAUGCCCAUAGGUUCGACCCCAAUGCUCGUUGGACAUGGCGGGAAGAGAUGCGCGUUAUCAAGAAGAUUGACAUUAGAAUCAUGAUCUGGGCUUGCAUCAUGUUCUUUGGUCUCGAUCUAGAUAGAGGCAACAUAUCCCAGGCGAAUACGGACAACUUCCUUGAAGAUUUAGGUAUGACGACCAACGACUUUAACCUUGGAAACACGUUGUUCCGUCUUUGCUUCCUAAUUGCGGAACUCCCCUCCCAACUAAUUUCCAAGCGUGUUGGCCCCGAUGUUUGGGUGCCCACGCAAAUGAUCUUAUGGAGUACUGUCGCCUUUUGUCAAUUCUGGCUUCAGGGUAGAUCAUCCUUUCUGGCGACAAGACUGGCCUUCUUCUGGGUUUCCAACUAUCUCACUGAUAUUGUGAGCGCAUUCUUGGCCACCGGUAUCCUUCGCCUUCGCGGCACGGGUGGUCACGCAGGGUGGAGAUACCUCUUCUUAAUUGAGGGAUUGAUCACCCUCUCACUCGGAAUCGCCUCUAUCUUUCUAAUGCCAGCGGGUCCAACACAGACAAGGACCUGGUUUAGACCCAAGGGUUGGUUUUCUGAGAAGGAGGAAUAUAUCAUGGUGAACAGGAUCCUCCGAGACGACCCUUCCAAGUCAGACAUGCACAAUCGUGAAGGUCUCACACCACGAAUGAUUUUCGAAGCACUGAAAGAUUGGAGGAUGUGGCCGCUCUAUGUCCUGGGCAUGACGCACAUGAUCCCCGUCGGCCCACCUCAAACAUACCUAACACUGUCCCUCCGUAAUCUCGGAUUUGACACAACAGAGUCGAAUUUGCUCUCCAUCCCUUCCACGAUCGUCGGGAUGCUCAUGCUCCUCUUCACCGCCUACCUCAGCGAGGUCGUGAACAGCCGCGUCAUCGCGACUGUCAUCCUGCAAAUUUGGGCGCUCCCGAUGCUCGUCGCUUUGUACACGUUCAACACCGCCACGUCGCAAUGGGUGUACUUCGCGGUGGUGACGCUGAUCACCGGGUUCCCAUACAUCCAUCCGAUCCAGGUUGCUUGGGCUUCGAGAAACUCGUAUAGUGUUCGCACAAGGACUAUUUCCGCUAGUGUAUACAACAUGUUCGUACAGGCAGGCGCCAUCAUCUACGCGAACAUAUACAAAGCCGAUGACAAACCCCUCUAUAAACGAGGAAAUCGGAACCUAAUUGCCGUUUGCUCCAUGAACAUCGUGUUGUACAUCGGGACAUUCUUCUUCUAUCGUGGAAUCAAUAAGCGUCGCGAUACACGGUGGGAGGCAAUGGACGAAAAGCAACGUCAAGAAUACCUAGAAACCACGAAAGACGAAGGGAACAAACGUCUGGACUUCCGGUUCGCAUACUGA